GACGUCAGUCGGGUGUUUCGCUGCAAUCAAUUGCAGAAGUCUUUACCGGACUUAGUUUUAUCGACAUUCUUUUCAUCCACUUCAUGCGAAUAUAUAUAUAUGAAUAAUUUUUGAAUUCAUAUUUCAUAUAACGAACAUCGAGUGCCGCAUACAAGAUAAUCAUGCUGCAGCAAUACGUCCUCACCAUUUUUCUGGCGGGACUAGCCAUCGCCGAAGUCCCAUCUUACUUCGACGUUUGCGGUCGUAGGAAUCCAAAUCUGAACGAUUGCGUAUUGAAGAGUGUUGUCAAAAUGAAAGACAAAUUGCGAAACGGUAUUCCGGAAUUGGAUAUACCGUCGAUCGAACCGUUGACACUCGACGAAAUACGUCUCGCCGACGAACCCUCGUUCAAGGCGAUCGCGCAGAACGUCAAGCUCUACGGGUUCCCGGACUUCGAAGUAAAAUCUCUUCGCUGUGAUUUGAAAAACCAAAGAUUCGACAUCGAGGUCUCUUUCAAGAGGAUCAAUCUCAGUGCCGAGUACGACGUUGCGACCAGAGUCGUCGUUCCCAUCGCUGGAAAAGGACCGAUCAACAUCAUCGCAGAGGACGUCGACGCCAAAGUAACCCUGAAGUACCGACUGAUCGAUCACAAGGGAGCCAAAUAUUUGUUCUUCCCGACGAUGGUGACGAAACUGAACAUCAGGGACUACACAUCCCAUUUCGUCUCGCGAGAGGGAUCGGACGGAGCCCUGGCCGAAGGAAUAAACGCCGCUCUGUCUCAAAGCCGACAAGAAAUAUUGGCGACCAUCAUUCCGAAUUUGGAAAAGGUUGUUUCCGAGCGCAUACUUCACAUGACCAACAGAAUUUGCAAGCACUUCGUUUACGACGAGAUACUCCCCGAUCGCGAGUAGGAAGAUUCGAUCGCUUGCUUAUGUAGAGGUAAAACACGUAGAGUGCAGAGCGGAAAUUUCUUCCAACGAAAAGAGUAAGUCGGAAAGAAAAAUUUCAACGAAUCGGAUUUCCUAAUUUCUCGCGUUCGAAUACGGCUGACCGAAGAAAAUUAAUCGUCUCGUCCGGCGAUCGCCGUCGUAAAUUAUUGUAUAGGUAUAUAAAAUAAAAUAAAAUAAAAUAAACUAAAAUAAGAGGAAAAAAAAUGUAAAAGACAAAGAUCUGAUUGUAAGUAUUAUGUAAUAUUUGAAGAUGCACUGUACGUAUGUAUGUAAAUAUAUAUAUAUAUAAAGUUGUAAAUAAUAUAUAUAGGCCUCGCUGAGGUCCAACAUAUAAAUCUUCUGUAAACGA